GUGACUGGAGGUGGGAGGUGGGUGGGUGAGCUGUCACAGAUGAGCCAGUCCCCUCCACUCAAUUACCUGCCAGUGUCUGGGGGACCUUAACCUCCGUGGCCAGAGCACUCUUGCCCUUACAACUCCUCUGCAGAGGAGCUGGGAUCCUAGGACUCCUCUCAGUUGUGGAACCCUCAAGCUACCUGCCAGAAGGUGGCCCCACUGCAGAGAUGGCGGACUGCUCAACCUCCCUGGACUCCUCCUCCCAGCGAGCAUCCUUGCCUGGCAGGCUCUUCUUCCUCACCUUCUUCCUCCUCCUCCUCCUCCUGCAGCUUGGGGAGCAGAAUUCAGAAGAGUUCAAGGUGGUGGGCCCCGGGGAGCCCAAGCUGGCGCUCGUGGGGGAGCAGGUGGAGUUCUCGUGCCACCUGUCUCCGUACCAGGACGCCGAGCACAUGGAGAUCCUCUGGUUCCGGCACAGCAUCGCCGACGUGGUGCACCUGUACCCCGAGCGGCGGGAACCCUCCGAGCUGCCCCUGGCGCAGUUCCGGAACAGGACCAAGCUGCUCAAAGACCAGCUUGUCGAUGGCGCCGUCAUCCUGCAGCUCCGCGGAGUCCUCCCCGCCGACCGCGGCCCUUAUGGGUGUCGCUUCCUCUCCCCCAGCUUCUCUGGGGAGGCCGUGUGGGAGCUGGAGGUAGCAGGGCUGGGCUCAGACCCUCACAUCACCCUUGAGGGCUUCAAGGAGGGAGGUGUUCAGUUGAGGUGCUCUUCCAGUGGCUGGUACCCCAAGCCCCAGGUGCAGUGGAAAGACCACCAGGGACAGUGCCUGCCUCCAGAGACCGAACUCAUCCUGGAGGAUGCCCAGGGCCUGUUCAGUCUAGAGACAUCUGUGGUCGUUCGCAGAGGAACCCACAGCAACGUCUCCUGCUCCAUCCAGAACCCCCUGCUGGUGCAGAAGAAGGAGUUCUCAGUCCAGAUUGCAGACGUGUUUUUACCUGGAAAGUCCCCCUGGAAGAGAGCUUUCAUCGGGGCUCUGGUGACACUGCCGCUCCUCCUGGCUGUCCCCACCAUGCUGGUGCUGUACUUCCUUCAGAAACAGCAGAGGUCCCAAGAAAAUUUGGAGAAGCAGGCGGAGAAGGAUCAAGUGAAACUGGUGGCAGAGCUGGAGAAACUGCAGAAGGAACUUGAAUGGAGAAGGGCUGAAGGCCAGGCUGAGUGGAGAGAAGCCCAACAGUAUGCAGUGGACUUGACCCUGGACCCGGCCACCGCACACCCUAGCCUGGAGGUCUCGCAGGACCUCAAGAGCGUGUCCUCCCGCGCUGUGACGGCGGAGACAAGCCCGGGCCCCCGGCUGGCCGAGCCCGAGCGCUUCCAGGAGCAGACGUGCGUGCUGAGCAGCCAGAGCUUCUCUACCGGCCGCCACUACUGGGAGGUGGACGUGGGCCGCCGCAGCCGCUGGUUCCUGGGCGCCUGCCUGGAGGCGGUGUCACGCUCGGGGCGCGCGCGGCUGAGCCCCGCGGCGGGUUACUGGGUGCUGGGGCUGUGGAACGGCUGCGAGUACUUCGUGCUGGAGCCGCGGCGCCUGGCGCUCAGCCUGCGGGUGCCGCCCCGCCGGGUGGCCCUGUUUCUAGACUGCGACGCCGGCAAGCUGAGCUUCUUCAACGCCACGGACGGCUCGCACAUCUUCACCUUCACCGACUCCUUCUCUGGCCCGCUCUGCGCCUACUUCAGGCCCCGCGCCCACGACGGCGGCCCGCACCCCGACCCGCUCACCAUCUGCCCGCUGCCGGCGAGGGGCGCGCGGGGCCCCGAGGAGAACGAGCGCGACUUCUGGCUGCAGCCCUACGAGUCCCUGGAGCCCACGCUCGGCCAGUGGUGAGGGCUGGCCGUGGGGUGGGUGGCUCCCGGGGGCACCUGGCCCCAGCUUUGCUCCCUCUAAGGGGAGAAAUGCAUCGGAAAUCUGCACCAAAAUGCCAGCAACUAAAGACACCAUCAGACAGGAGACUAAGACAGGAACUUUACGUGUGUGUGUGUGUGUGUGUGUGUGUGUGUGUGUACAUAUUGCAUGUACAUGCACAUAUUUUUCAGACAAAGAGGCAAUUUCAAAGUUUGUAUAUUGUAUAUUCUAGAUUGCAAGACUGAGAAAGUAAAGUAAAUUGCUAGCUGAGUGGCUGAGUAAGUUGUGGUCUCUAUACACAAAGGAAUACUACUCAGCUAUUAAAAAUGGUGAACUCAACCUUCUUCACCUCAUCUUGGAUGGAGCUUGAAGGAAUUAUGUCAAGAGAGAUCAGCCAGAAAGAGAAGGAUGAACAUGGGAUGAUCCCACUCAUAGACAAAAGUUAAAAAAAAAAGAAGAACAGAAGGGAAAACACAAAGUAGAACUUGGACUGGAUUUUUGCAUCAAAGUAAAGGACUCUGGGGUAAGGGGAGAAAGUUCAGGUCCUGGAACAUGAUGGCUGAGGAGGAGCUAGGUGGGGGGUUAGAGUGUUAUAUGGAAAACUAAGAAAUGUUACACAUGUACAAACUACUGUAUUUCACUGUUGACUGUAACCUUUAAUUCCCUAAUAAAGAAAUAU